AUGUUUCCUUUGGCGCAUUCGUCGCAGCAGCAAUAUGUCCAUGUGCCAACAUCGGAUGUCUUACGCGAUCCCGACUUAGCUGACGAGAAGCUCCUCGAAGUAGCUCCCAGACGACCAUGGUCGACGUACGUUAAAGUCGCAUCGCUUGUCUGCGCUGCCGUUCUCGGUGGUUGCGUAGUCUUUGCUCUGGGUUACACAUCAGGCCAAUACUGGGGAGCUGAUUUCUCACCUCUCGCGACACCAGUCGAUACAUCAGGGAGUUGUAAAGAGCUAUACUUAAGGAGAGAAUGGAGGAGCUUGUCAAAGCAGGAGAAAAGGGACUACAUUGAUGCAUUUCAAUGUUUUGUCGACUCGCCAUCUGUAUUGGGCCUAAACGGGUCGCUGUACAACGACUUUUCAUUCUGGGACUGGAGCCUUGAUUGGGAUGAUAUCACCAAUUCGCCCGUAUUCGACAGCAAACUCGGCUUCGGUGGCGACGGAGAUCCCAAAGCGCCUGAGCACGAGAGUGCCCACUGUGUCACCGACUUGCCGUUCAAGAAUCUGAGGCCGCAAUGGUACGGCAGCAUGUACGACCCUCAUUGCCUCGCUCGCUCGUUCAACGAGGACUGGUACGCGCAUUACAUGAACCCAGAGGCACUAGAAAAGGUCAUGGCGGCGACAAGCUAUGAAGAAUUCUUCCUUGCCUUGGAAAUGGGACCCCACGACAUCAUCCCGCUGGGAAUCAGGGGAGACUUUAGCAGCUUUACAGCGCCCAACGACCCCAUCUUCUACCUUCAUCACGCACAGCUUGACAGGGUCUGGUGGCUAUGGCAGAUGCGAGACAAGAAGAAUCGAGUGCACGACUACGGCGGUACAGGCGAUCGCGGUAAUGUCAGUCUGACUGAUACACUGCCGCUUGCAGGGUUGGAUAAAGAUGUCACGGUCGCCGAUAUAAUGGACACAGAGAGAGGUGAAUUGUGCUAUCGGUACAUGUAUUCAUAG